AUGAGGAAUAAGAGAGCAAGGCGCAACGACGAGGUAAACCGUCCUCACGACCGGCCCCGUCGUCCGUCGCCUCGCAGACGCCCGCCACCGCCAAACCCGUAUGAUAGACCGCCUCCGCGCUCUGAUACAUGGAGACCAGGAAGUGGUGCGCGAGAUGAUCGCAAUGGACAAUAUAACCCUCGAAACGACGACUUCCGUCAUUCGGAUUCCUACCGGCCGUCGGUGCCACAAGGCGACUUCACAUUCAGGUUUGAUAAGCCGGCGGGUAUGCCGGACCUGCCUCCCAGCGCCCAUCCGUUUGACAACAGAGGGCCGCGACGAGAUCGACGUGGUGGUCCGAAUCGGAAACCUGGUAGACGCUGGCAGCCACCUCCUCACCCUUCUGAGCGGGCACUCAUCUCUGGCGCAACACUAAACCUACCAGAAGAGCGCGUGGACAAUGGGGAAGGUGGCGCCAAGUUCCGUGACCUGGACGAGCUAUCAGAUGAUGAUGAAUUGGAAAUGGACAUUUCAUCAGCUUCAGACUCUGAAGAGCCGUCAAGGAAACGCGUGCGCACUGAUGGAGCAGCCGAAGAAGAGAACGCCGCGCCAAAGUGGUCAAAUCCUGAUCCCUACACAGCCUUGCCUUGCCCGGACGAGACGACUCGUAAGAAGCGCGACGUAGUCAAGCUCAUUCGAAAGGCUCGAGUAGAGGCAGCUGCCAAGGCGGAUGCACCUGCCGAAGCGGAGGACUUCCUCUCUUUCGACCUAACAGAGGAUGAAGAGGAAGAAGACGAGGAAGAGAUUCCACCUCCGCCUUCCGAAGCCCCGCCGCCAUUACCUCCAUCAGGCCCUGCUGCUUUUAUACACAAACAUCCAGAUGCGACAAACAAAACAAACGGCCUUCCAUUACCAGAUCACUCAGGCCCGCUCGGAUCUCGAAAGAGGACUGCAGAUGAUGAAAUUAAGCCACCAGACUAUGGACAGCUUAAAAAGGUCACCAUGAAGCCAUCAAAAGGCAGCGUUACGACUAUUUGGCUGCCAAAGAAGAAUGAGGAGCCGUGUCCCUGGCAGACCAACGAUCACUCCUCUACGCAGAACAUGGCUUUCAGGUUACACAAGGAAGUUCUCGACUUCUAUGCGUAUGUCCGGCCGCGAGAUUUUGAACAGCGAAUUCGCGACAACCUUGUCGAAAACUUGCGCAAAGCUAUGAGGCGAGAUGGACGAAACUUUGCCUCGGCGGAAGUGCAUCCUUUCGGGUCCUUCAUGUCCGGGCUGUAUCUGCCUACAGCCGAUAUGGACCUUGUUGUCUGUUCGGCUAGCUAUAUGCGUGGAGGGCCACCGACAUACCUCAGUGCGAAGAGUUGGCUGUAUAAGUUCCAGAAGUUUCUCACCAUGCAGAAGGUCGCCGACAGUGAUUCGAUCGAGGUUAUUGCCCACGCUCGGAUUCCGUUGGUGAAGUUUGUGGACAAGCUUACGGGACUCAAAGUCGAUGUAUCGUUCGAAAACUUGGGUGGCGUAACGGCCGUCGAUACAUUCCUUUCCUGGAAAGCACAAUACCCUGCCAUGCCCAUUCUCGUCACUGUUAUUAAGCACUUCUUACUGAUGCGGGGCUUGAAUGAGCCGGUCAAUGGAGGAAUCGGCGGAUUUUCAGUCAUCUGCCUUGUUGUAAGCAUGUUACAGCUGAUGCCCCAUGUGCAAAGCAGAAGCUUGCUGCCGGAGCACCAUCUUGGUGAGAUGUUGUUGGAGUUUUUUGAGCUCUACGGUCGACAGUUUCAAUACGAAACAAAUGCCAUAUCGCUCACCAGACCAAUCGGGUAUAUCAGAAAGUCGGAAGUUGCAACUUUUACCUACAAAAAUAGAAACCGUUUGUCUAUCGUUGAUCCAAACAACCCUAGCAACGAUAUCUCUGGCGGAUCGUCGAAUACCAACUCAAUUAUGGCGCGCUUUGCUGACGCAUAUAUUGCUUUACGAGACCGAAUGAAGGAUGUUGCGCUUAAUCCCCAAAAAGGCGGUAUUCUGGAUACAAUUUUAAAAGGAGACUACUCCUCCUUCCGUCUUCAGCGCGAAUAUCUGAGACAUGUACACGAACAGAGUAUUGGCCCCUGCUCGGACUAG